GUACAAUAGUUCAUGUUGAAGUGAAUUAAUGGGUUAAUUGGGGAGUUCCCCCGUAAAUAGAGCUCAUAAUUAAAAAAUGGGAAGCGCGGAUAAUACCAGGUUAUACUCAGAUAUGAAACUCGUGGUUUGCAAGUUUAUAAAGUUAUGUUAUUCGAGGCUGGAGAUUUAUUUCAAGUGCCUUGUGAAAAUUUUAAGGUGUGAUAAAUAAAACCACUAGAAUCGGCUGUCUUGUAAACGUAGAAUGAGACUUCCUUGUGCUCGUAUGAGUGUGAAUACGGCUUUUUGUCUUCAUUGAGAAAAAUAUAUUUCUUUUUCAUGGAAUGAUACCGUUGUCCAAAAGUGCACGGUCGUAGAAAUUAAUCAAGACAAAAACUGGUUUGAUUAUUAUUCAUAAUUUUUUAAUCGAAAUACACAAAUAGUAAUUAUGCCAGGUUCGUUUUACUGUUGGUUUCGCUGACCAACUUCAUAUAAAAUGAUACUUAGAAUUCACUAUGUCUGACUUCAUGCCUCGGGAUCUUCUUCCCGAUCUUUGGGAAGAGAUAUUACAGAGGCAUUGGAACUAUUUAGACACUGAAGAGGGUAUGCAGAAGCUCGAAGAACGAAAGAAACUUGAAGCUUGCUUUAAAGAAUUCUUAAGCAUAGUUCCACACGAUCGAAAAUUUUUCCUUCCCGAAACAGCACAUGUCUUGAAGAAAUCGAUAAAGGAAAUGGACGACUUUUCAGCUUACAAAGCAAUGAUGGGAUUUGAAUCGAUUAGUCAAUAUGCAAAUAAUUUAUUUACGAAACCUUGGAGGAAGGAGUAUAGAUAUAUUAAGAUGUAUUCUGGAUUUUAUGCACACGAUAUUGGUGCAAAUCUGGUAGACGCUGAUAAGUUAUUCGAGGCAAUGGGUUAUAAAAUAUUGCCAGAUCAGACGUUAAUGCUUGACGGGCCAAUUUGCCCCGAUCAAGUGACGAAUGUGUCGCGUGAUGCCAUGGCUGCGUAUGUUGAGUGUCAAAUUAUGAAACAAAUAUUCCUGGGACUGACUGCUAGUGAAUUGUCUUGUUCAUGGCAAGAUAUUUUUAAUUUUCGGGAAACUCAUAUCGGAGGUGCAUCACAAGCAAUACGAGCAAUGACUUACGCAAUACAUGAAAGACGGUAUAAGAAAGAAAAGCUAAACGCAGAUAAUUGCUAUGGAGCCGGAAUCCAGCAAUCACAACCUCAACCUCAAAUGAUUCCUUCGUGCGGAUUAUGUGCGCAUAGUUGUCACGCUACAUCUCAGAUGCCACCUGUAGCGAGUGCUUGUAAUCAUCAUCCAAUGCAACCACAGCAACCAGCUGCUCAAUCUACAACACAAUAUCCGGGUAUGUGCAGUAUUCAUUCACAACCUACACAGAAUAUUUAUAUGCAAAACGCUGUUAUGGGGGCGCCACCUCCAGUUCCACUUCACUAUAAAGCACCUGGUUAUGUUCCGCCGCAAAUGUCACAUUCGAAAAGUCUGGAACAUUAUGGAGAACAUGUUAAUACAACGGCGGGAGGGCUUCCCCACCGACAUUCUUUUGAUCAGCCAUAUGACAAUGGCGGCCGGCCGCCUUAUGAUGGAGUUUACGACUGUGUCGAUGGGUACCAAAGUUGCAAUUUCAGUGCAUACAACCACCCUUAUAAUCGAUAUCCGUUGCCAUAUAAUAUAUCGAGUCAGUUGAAUAAUCACUUUCCCAGUCAAUGUGCGGCUGCAAUGAAUAACGUCAAUCAGUAUGCACCCCCGCCACCGCCUCCGCCCCCAGCAGUGGUGGUGCCAUGUAAUCAUAAGGUUGCUAUGCCGGAGCAACCGAACUUUUAUGGGAAACUGCAACCAGAUCAAGUGUACGGGGACUGCAAUGGUUACCUGAAAAAGGCGCAGGAUGUGUAUAAUAACCAUGGAAGUGGUAAUGUAAAAGAUAAUGCACAUUCACGGCAGUACACCUACGGAUCAAACGGUCGUUCGAACGAGCAGCUGAUUGAUCUAGAUGAUAGACCUCAAAAUGAGUUGCAGUAUAAUCGUAAUCUUAAUAAUUUCGACAAUUACGAUCAUCCGCCGAAUGGACGCGGCUAUAAAGUGAAGCAGGCACAGCAGAAUUACGAUGUUUCCCGUGCACCUAUGAACAAUCAUACAUCAAAGGAUUUGUAUAAUAGAAACUAUGAAGAGCUUGAUGAUAUUCCUACAAACAAUGCUACCUAUGGCGUGAGUGACCGGAAGUCAGCUAUGAAAAAACCCUCAGAUAGAUACGCCAGGAACGCAGAAAUUCUGCAACAGUAUGAAAAAGCAAUAGACAAUAAUGAUUUAUCGCGAUCUCGGGACUACGAUAACUACCAGGAUACCGUAGAUACGGGGGGUCACAUUGUGAAUGGCGCAAACUCUGAAAUUUCUAGGUCCCAUAACAAAGAUCAUGAUGGAGUGGGAUCGUUUGAAACAUGGGACUACGUUUUCCAGAAUCUUGAAAAACAUGGUUAUUCAAAAGAUUUGGGUGAUAGAGGUGAUUUACUGAUGCGUGGCCUCGAUUUAGACUCUAUGAAUAUCGGAAGUGCCAGUGAAAAGCGACGGAGUCGAAAUAUGGACUCACAGAAACGAUCGGUGGCCAACGAUUCAAGUACGAGUGCGGCAAUGAAAUCAAAAACAUUAGAGAAAGCCGACCUUGCAAAAGAUAUAGUCAACUUAAAGCCAAAAGUAUUAGAGAAAUCUAUUCUAAAACAUGAUAACGAUCUGGUAGUGCAAAAGGCAGCAGUGACAAAAUCAACACAAGUACAAAAGCCAACUCCUGCUAUGUCGACGCCAGCAAUGCAAAAACUGAAAAACACGAAAUCUUCAAACACUACUAUUGAAGUAAAUGGAAGGCAAUCUCUUACUUCGAAUACUGCAAUAACGACGGCAAUAGGCGGAAGCGGGGCAGGAGUGGCGAAUACUCGCCGGCAAUCAUCUAAUCAUCGUGCAUCCGGAUCCGGUUCAGUACCAAACACUUCGUCAGGUGGUGUCGCGAAGGUGGAAAACAAUCAACAGCAAACUUCUAAUUCGGCAUCAAAUAUUGUGACAAAUUCGAGUGAGUGGAGUUGUAGGUUUUGUACUUUCUUAAAUCCUGAUACGAAACGUAUUUGCGAGAUGUGUUGUCGUAGUAGAGAUUUUAUAUCGGAUGCAAGUAAUGCACCAACUUGUGUAUAAAAUUUAUGCAAUAUGAAGUAAUGAAUACGUUUAAUAUGAUUUUGUCUAGAUUAAGGUGAUUUCUGGUUGGGAUUGCGGUAGGGAAUAGCGAGACUAUCAGAAAGUAAAUACGAGAGAAAGGCAAUAUCACGUGGGCCGAAGAUUACUGGAGAUUCGGGAGAGGAUAAAAUCUUAUUCAUUUGACCAGUCGGUGCAGAAAUUAUGUAGUAGCAUCUAGUUUAGAGGCAUUUUGAUCGCGUAAAACACCAGGUUUUGCUCGACAUUAAAGUCUAGAAAGUGCUAGAUAGACAAAAAUUGAUCCCUCGUAGAUUUCUUAUUCAAUUGGAAAAGGUUCAAAGUUCAAUGCGGGCAUUGAGUUGUUAUAAUGAACUUGUAUACUUUUGAAAAUAGUAAAAGUUUGUCCUAGAUAAUAACAUUCGCUGGUACAUCGGUUUUUAGGUAGCUAGGUCAGUACCUCGAUUAGUUUUUUAUUUCAAGUUGACACCUUAUAUCGAAAUUCCGAGCAGGCUAUCCUCGAUUCAAUGUCUUGCCAUUGUAGUAGAGUUGUAUAUUAGAGUAGUCAUUCGUCCAGCGAGUACCAUUUAAGGGACCAGAAAUCACAAAUCCAGGCAACUUCAGAAAAAUAACAAAAAUAACUAAAACACCUUAGCAACACCAACUUACAAAUAAUUGGCGUACUGAAAAAAUUGAGUACGCGCUCAUGAAAGAGAAGAAAAUAUUCAUUAUUGCAAAAGUCGUCGUGCAUAUAAAAAAAUUCUCUGAAUUAAUCAGAUCUAGAGUUUUUCUUGUAAAGAAAACUAUAGAGAAGUAUGAAACACUCCCAUUUCGUGCCUCCUUUUAAAGUGUUAAAUUAAUAUCUGUUCGGUUUUUCGUUUCUUCGAUGUAACACCAAAGUAAAAUGUAAAAGAAAAAUCGUGAAAUAUUAUCUCUAGUUUAGUUAACUCUGACUAUGCUUGUUUGCUAUUGUAGUUAUUUUUGUAUUCACCUCUAAAUUAGUUGGCCCAUUUAUGAGCAACAGAAGAAAACGAAAUUUUUGGUUAUUGUUAAUAUUAUCUGGUUAUGUUUGUAAAAUUUUGGAAUAUUUCAUAUAAUAUUUUGAUGCUUGUGUUAUUAUUUAUGAUGAUUUUAAUUGUUGUAAAGUAUUUACUAAUUUUUGUUGAUCAUUUGUUUAUAUUUUUAUAAGUUGUAAGAUAGUGGAAACCUAUUUAAAAAACGCAUGAUAACUAGGAACUGAGAUUACAUGAAAAUUUUACUAUUUAAAAUUAAGUUUUUUCUUCCCUUGCCUAAUUAAUUUCCUUGCGCAUCGAACAGGUAUCAAGCGGAGGAGGUAUAUAAUGUAUAUGGUACAUUUAUAAAAGCAAAGAUGAAGUUGCAAGUAGACGGAAUUUAUAGAUUUU